AUGUUACAGACACAUAUCUUGGAAAUCCGUAGCAUACCUGAGGCUUUACCAUAUUUUGUGAUUACUAAGGCUGUGGAUGAUAAUUCUCCUCUUUUGCAACAAUUACCAUAUUGGGCUGCUUGUUCUAUCACAAUGGCUUUGGAGUUCUUUACUCCAGCAUACAAAGGUCAUCCACGUGUCAUGGCUUAUAUUCUCACGGUAUUGGAAUCUUACCCUCCUUCCAAAGUAACCUUUUUCAUGCUCCAACUCAUUCAAGAUUUGAGGUAUGAUGAUGAGGUGGGUAUUGGCAACAACUUCCUUUAA